UCAUUGAUGAUUAUUAUCACAUCAGUUUAAUUAUGGUGUUUGGGAAACUGCUCUAAAGAAAGCACAGAGGAGCGUAUAAGACCGAACUUCUGCCCCCUUGUCUCAACUUCUGCAAAAGGGCAUUAUGGUUAUGUGAAAGAAAAAUAGAAACAAUCCUUGAAAUGUGUUUGUAUGACUUGAAGUGUUUUAACAUGACACCUUGUCUACAUUUUCUGUAUUUUGUAUUAAGGUCUGAAAACCUGCUUUUAAAGCUUCUAAGCCAUUAAAGAGCAUCAAAUCUCCCAUUGAGAUAAGUCACAAGGGUACAAAGUGGGAGGAUACAGACUGGCAUCAGGAUGGGUUGAGCUUCAGCCUCUCUAAAAAGGGUGAUUCACCGCGGAGAGCAAAGAGGAGGCCACCAGGCUCAGGUGUAAUAAAGAUGUGGACGUGUAGGAAGCGAGUGAGAGACACCUGAGAGAGACACAGGAGACACGAGGAAGGAGUACCAGUCUCCCACAGGAUCUGAUACGGACUUAAACAUUGAUUCAAUACUCUGAAUAAGUUUGUAGUAUCAGUUGUGUUUUAGUUUUCCAAAAACAUGGCAGCUACCUGGAGAUUUGCACUUUUCUUCUGCAUGUGCCUGAUAGUGUCAAGAUGCCCGAGCGACGCCAAUUCAGACACCGGACAUGACAGUGCAGACACUGGACGUGCAUCUAUCCCAAGCUCAGACUCUGGACCUGUGCAGCCUGGAAACGAGGGAGGUGGUCAUUCAAAGCCCAUCACCACUCUUCCUAUUGUGAGCUGGAAGUGGCCCCAUGUGGCCGAACCGUACUUAGUGGCCCUCUGGAUCCUGGUCUGCUGGAUCUGCAAACUCAUCAUCGAGGCCAGCCACCGCAUCACCGCGGUGAUCCCAGAGAGCGCUCUGCUCAUCUGCUUCGGCUUCAUUUUUGGCGGGGUGAUUUGGGCUGCAGACCACUAUCAGGAAUUCACGCUGACCCCGACAGUGUUCUUCUUCUACAUGUUGCCUCCAGUCAUCCUGGACGCGGGAUACUCCAUGCCCAAAAAGCUCUUCUUCAGCAACAUGGGGGCCAUCCUGGUCUACGCGGUCAUCGGGACCUGCUGGAACGCCGCCACUUUGGGGCUGUCGCUGUGGGGGUGUCACAUGGCAGGGGCCAUGGGUGACCUGGAAAUUGGGCUGCUGGAGUAUCUUCUCUUUGGCAGUCUGAUUGCUGCCGUUGACCCCGUAGCAGUCAUCGCCGUGUUCGAGCAGGUCCAAGUCAACGAGGUUCUGUUCAUUUUGGUGUUUGGGGAGUCGCUGCUCAACGACGGUGUGACAGUGGUGCUGUUUAAUGUAUGCGAUGCCUUUGUGUCGCUGGGAGGAUCUGGGAUUGACGUUGUGGAGAUCAUUAAAGGAAUAGUUUCCUUCUUUGUGGUGGCGUUUGGCGGGUCUCUUGUGGGCUUGGUGUUUGGCCUGCUGAUCUCUCUCGUGACCAGAUGCACCAAAAACAUUCAAAUCAUCGAGGCGGGCUUCGUCUUUGUCUUGGGUUAUCUCUCCUAUCUCACAGCUGAGAUGCUCUCCCUGUCCGCCAUCCUGUCGAUUGUCUUCUGUGGUAUGUCCUGCAAGAAGUACAUCAAUGCAAACAUGGACGAGCGGUCUGUCACCACAGUCAGAUUUGUCAUGAAGCUCUUAGCGAACGGAGCAGAAACGAUCAUCUUUGUGUUCAUUGGCAUUUCCGCCAUCGACAAAGUGAUCUGGGGGUGGAACACGGGCUUCAUCUUCCUCACGCUGUUCUUCAUUUUUGUGUACAGAUUCAUUGGUGUCUUCUUCCUCACCUGGAUCCUUAACAAGUUCAGGCUGGUCCCCAUUGGGCUCAUUGAUCAGGUGAUUAUGAGCUACGGUGGCCUGCGAGGGGCUGUUGCAUUUGGCUUGGCCACCAUGCUGGAUAAAACAAAGAUAAAGGAGAAGAAUCUGAUGGUCUGCACUACUCUCAUUGUUGUGUACUUCACUGUCAUUAUUCAGGGAAUAACAAUGAAACCUUUGGUCAACUGGCUUAAAGUGAAGAAAGCUGCAGUGGCUGAGGUUGCGCUCGUCGAAAAAAUGCAGGACAAGGUAUUUGAUCACCUGCUUGUUGCCAUAGAAGACAUAUCUGGACAAAAAGGACACAACUACUUGAAGGACAAGUGGCAUCAUUUUGAGGAGAACUGGAUGUCCAGAGUUCUGAUGAAGCCGUCAGUGAGGAAGAACCACGACUACGUCUUCAACGUCUUCCACCAGCUGAACCUCAAAGAUGCUAUGAGCUACGUGGCUGAGGGUGAACGUAGAGGCUCCCUGGAGUUUAUCCGCAAUGAAAGACCAUUCAUCAAUUUCAAGAAGAAGUUUGGCCAGGAGUUGUCAGAAAUCAUGCCUGACUUCACAGCUAACAUGUCUGACGAUCAGGGUGGAAUGUCCAAUGGGAGGAGAGACCCUUCGCGGUCUGUGAGCCUGGAGAUGCACGAGCAGACAAUGGACGGUGUGAGGGAAUUAGAGGACAUCAGAACUCACCACCUGCUGCAGCAGCACCUUUACAAGGGCAGGAGACAGCACCGGCAUGGGUACAGCCGGACUCAUUUGGAUGUGAACAGAGAUGAAAACGAGGUGCAGGAGAUCUUACAGAGGACCAUGAGGAGCCGUAUUGAGUCUCUUCAGUCUUCAAGGAUGAGUACUCCUUCACCGAAGAUGAUUACCAGGCACACAAAGAAAGACCAGCAGCAUAAG